AUGGUGUUGGCUAAAUCCAAGAACUCCGUGGGGCUGGGUAACAGCCUCAUGAACGAUCGUUUCGGCAAGGGCAAAGCCUCGAACCAGAAGAAGGCGUCGCACAACAAUGCCAUUGCGCGCAAGAAUAUGAUGGGUGAAACCUACAUCACCAACGAAGCCCAGGAGGCAUCCUGGGUGAAGAUGCGCUCUAUCACUGAACAGGCCGCGCUCGAUGAAUUCCUCAGCACUGCCGAGCUGGCCGGUACCGACUUUACCGCCGAAAAAAUCAACAACGUUAAGAUCAUUCACUCCGAUCAGAAGAACCCAUACCUCCUGUCUGCCUCCGAAGAGAAGAAGGCCGUUAAGAAACACCAGAAGAAUAAGGGUCGCUUGACCGUGCCUAGACGUCCAAAGUGGGACUCGUCCACGACACCGCAACAACUGGAGAUGAUGGAGCGUGAGAGUCUGUUGGACUGGCGUCGAGGGCUUGCAGAACUUCAGGAGAACCAGGAUCUGCUCAUGACUCCCUUCGAGCGUAACUUGGAAGUCUGGCGCCAGCUGUGGCGUGUCAUUGAGCGAUCCGAUCUCGUCGUGCAGAUUGUCGAUGCUCGUAACCCGCUUCAAUUCCGUUCCGAGGAUUUGGAGAACUAUGUCAAGGAGAUUGAUUCCCGCAAGAAGAACUUGCUAUUGGUCAACAAGGCCGAUAUGUUGACUCUGAAGCAACGAGAGGCCUGGGCUGAGUACUUUGAGCAGAACAACAUUAACUUCCGUUUCUUCUCAGCCCACCUGGCCAAGGAAAAGAUGGAGGCCGAGAUGCUCAAGGAGUCCCAGGAGGAUGAGGAGCUGGCGGAGUCAACUAAGAAGAUGAAUGUUCAGGAUGAAGAGGAGAGUCAGGAGGAAGAUGAAGCAGAGGAUAUCGCUGCCAAGCUCGUCGACCCAGAUCAAUCACUUGGACCCCAUAUUCUUGACGUUGAUGAGCUGGAAGAACUCUUCCUGGCCAACUCUCCCGAGACUCUACAAAGCGAGGACCCCGAUGCCCCUACUAAGCGCAAGACCACCAUCGGUCUGGUCGGUUACCCCAACGUGGGUAAGUCCAGUACCAUCAACGCCCUCCUCGGUGCGAAGAAGGUGUCCGUCUCUGCCACCCCCGGUAAGACCAAGCACUUCCAGACAUUGUACCUCUCCCCGGAGAUCAUGCUCUGCGAUUGUCCCGGUCUGGUGUUCCCCAACUUCGCCACCACCAAGGCCGACUUGGUCGUGAACGGUGUCCUGCCCAUUGACCAGCAGCGCGAGUUCACCGGUCCUUCCGGCCUCGUUGCCCAGCGCAUCCCCAAGCACUUCCUGGAGAACGUCUACGGUGUGAAGAUCCGUACCCGACCUCUGGAGGAGGGCGGUACCGGCAUCCCCACCGCCAGCGAGGUCCUCCGUGCUUACGCACGCGCCCGUGGUUUCUCAACCCAGGGUCUGGGUCAGCCCGACGAGUCUCGUGCUGCUCGAUAUGUUCUUAAGGACUACGUGAACGGCAAGCUGCUCUUCGUCCACCCUCCCCCCGUUGCCGAAGGCGAAGAGCCCACCGACCCCAACGUCUUCAACCGCGAGCUCUACGACAUCGCCCAUCUCCCCGCCAAGCGCCAGGCACUCCUUGCCAAGACGAUCGUGGACGUGGAAACCGGUGUUGACGAUGAGACCGAAGCCGGAGCUGAACCGGAUAUCUCCUCCUUCGUGUCCCAGCCUGCCGACAACCAACCAGGCCUGAAGUCCCGCAACCUCGACAGCGGCUUCUUUGGCACCGCGACCGGUCCCUCUGCCGGCCGCCUCAACAUGCCAUUCAACCACAAGUACACCGAGCAAGGCCAGCAGAUCCGUCAGAACCUCACCGGCCGCAAGGAGCGUAUGAUGAUCGCCCUGGAGCGUGGUGUAGACGUUUCCGAGGUUAAGGGUUCGGCAGCCGGUUCCAAGAAGCAUUUCAAGGGCAACAAGCGCCGGGCAAAGGCCAAGCGUAACAACGGCGAGGAGACCGAGGACUUCUACUAA